UGAGAGGAGGGGGAGGGAGAGAAAGAGUAGAGGAGAUACCGGCAUCGGACGUGAAAGCCAUCCAGCCGUUGGACGGGGAAGACGCAACAAGAAAAUAGCAAGAAUAGUUACGUUAAGUAGGAAUAGCCUCGAUUAAUGUUUGGAACAAUAACGGCAAGGCUGAAAAAGUCUCAAGAGACCAAGCAAGUUUAAACUGUUGUAUGUUACCCGAAUUUAAGCGGCUGGAUGGUCUGUUAUCACUUUGUUAUGAGAUAAGAAUUAGAGUAGGCUUUGGUGAAAGUGAAAACUAACUAACGUUAGCAAGCUCCUUCCACUCUGGAUUUUGAGGUUCGAGAGGUUGACUAGCUACAUUUCAGCGGGACCGGUGACAAGCUGUGAUUUGGACUCACCUGCUAACGUUGACUUUACUUUGCCACCUCCAGACCGGGAAAACCGGGUUUUUGUAAAAACACAGCCGAGCCUCUAGUAUCUAUAUAUACGAGGAGGAGGAGGGAAGGCACAAAGAGCGAAGAGCAUCCAGUGAGAGGGGAGGAACUUGGAGGACGGGACAGAGAGAGCGCGGUGAGGACAACAACGGGGACCUAACAGAGAGCAUCCCUCUUUAAUUUCUGAUCUGCACAGGCAACACUCUGCCCAUAAGCAAUAAACGGGUUCCUGAACGCUGUUUAUCCACCAAAAGGGUUACCUGCUCCUGAUCUGUUUGCCCCUCAGCCCCUGCAGUACCCAGUCCUCCUCUCCACUGUGUCCUGAUGAAGGAGGCAGACGCCAUCAAGCUGUUCGUAGGGCAGAUUCCUCGGAAUCUGGAAGAGAAGGACCUUAAGCCUAUCUUCGAGCAGUUUGGCAAAAUCUAUGAGCUAACUGUGAUAAAGGACAAAUACACUGGCAUGCACAAAGGAUGUGCGUUUCUGACGUACUGUGCGAGAGAGUCGGCACUGAAAGCUCAGAGCGCUCUACACGAGCAGAAAACACUACCAGGGAUGAACCGGCCAAUCCAGGUUAAACCAGCUGACAGCGAGGGUAGAGGAGAGGACAGGAAAUUGUUUGUGGGCAUGCUGGGAAAGCAACAGAGUGAUGAGGACGUCAGAAGACUUUUUGAGCCCUUUGGCAGCAUAGAUGAGUGUACUGUGUUGAGAGGGCCCGACGGCACCAGUAAAGGGUGUGCUUUUGUAAAAUUCCAAGGACACGCUGAAGCCCAGGCUGCCAUCAACAGCUUGCAUGGAAGCCGCACAAUGCCUGGAGCGUCGUCCAGUCUGGUGGUGAAGUUUGCCGACACAGAGAAGGAGCGGGGGCUGAGGAGGAUGCAGCAGGUGGCCUCCCAGCUCGGCAUAUUUAGCCCCAUGACCCUCAACUUCCCCGCCUACAAUGCCUACACACAGGCAGUCAACGCACAGCUUGUCCAACAGCAGGCCUUGGUUGCCCAGUCAGCGUACUUGUCUCCUGUGGCAACAGUUGCCGCCGUACAGAUGCAGCAGAUGGCGGCGCUCAAUGCCAAUGGAAUCAUUGCCACACCCAUUACAUCCAUCACGCCGUCCUCGGGUACAAACACUCCACCAACUAUGGCGGCAACGCCUGUGCCAUCUCUCCCUCCGCCACUAGGAGUGAAUGGUUACAGCAGUCUGCCAGCCCCGACCAAUGGACAACAAGCAACAGAAGCGCUAUACACCAAUGGCGUUCACCCAUAUCAAGCUCAGAGCCCAGCAGCAGCCCUGGACCCCCUACAGCAGGCGUAUGCAGGCAUGCAACACUACACAGCGGCGUACCCUGCUGCCUACGGAUUAGUCGGGCAGCCAUUCCCCCAGCAGCCAACACUGGUUGCCCAGCAACACCAGCAGCCCCAGCAACAGCAGCAGAGAGAAGGUCCAGAGGGCUGUAACAUCUUCAUCUACCACCUGCCUCAAGAGUUCAGUGACUCUGAGAUGCUGCAGAUGUUCCUGCCCUUUGGCAAUGUCAUUUCGGCUAAGGUGUUUGUUGACCGUGCCACCAAUCAGAGCAAAUGCUUCGGAUUUGUGAGUUUUGACAACCCAGCCAGUGCUCAGGCUGCCAUCCAGGCCAUGAAUGGCUUCCAGAUCGGCAUGAAAAGACUGAAAGUGCAGCUCAAACGGCCCAAAGAUGCCAACCGCCCAUACUGAGUGACAACAGAGGAGGAAGAAGAAACAAAGAGAGGUGACCUUUCAGAGUCCAGCCGAUGUGGAAUCCCAGGGUUCAUAGUGCUUUCAGACUGUCUGCUACCUUUGAGUGUCCGGGGAGUGCAGCCACACACACUGACACACACUCACACGAAUACACAUGCGCUCUCAACACUGAACCUCGAACGGUACAAGGCUGUUAUACAAAUGUACAUAAAGUGCACAAACACACACGCCUGCAGACACUCACACAAAACACACACGGUUCACACAAGUCAGUAAUCUUACCCAUACAGCCAAGGGCUUGGUUUUACCACGGUCUAUGUGGAGUUUGCCAACAGGGUGUUUUGUAGAGUUACUGUAAGAUAACUCAGACCAAGCAUGUAUGGAGGGUACUGAUGAAAAAUGCUGAUAUAUCACUUCAAUAGACUUUAACAUGUCUGUACCAUGUCUAUUCCAUGACAAAUAUAGAGGGGCCGAUGUUUCAUAAUAAAAAAAGAAAGAAAAUACAAAAAGAUGUCUAAAUGAGUAGGUUAGAGAGACUUUGGAGAAAAUCCUAAUGACCUGUAAAUAAUUUAGUUUACAAAGAGCAGCAUUUAAAAAAACAAGAAAAAAUGCAAAAAGAAUACUACUUUAGAUAAACACUGAACAGGACACAGCGACAUUAUUAUUAUUAUGAUUAUGAUUAUUAUUAUGAUUAUUAUUAUUAUUAUUAUUAUUAUUACCACUAGUAACAUCAUCAUCCUCAUAAAGGGAUAUUACAUUCCAAAUUGUAAAAUGGGAAAUCACUAACCUAUUUUAAAUUUCUACUUAGAUUUUAGGUGAAACUCGGGGGAGGGGGGGUUUUAAUAUUUGAGCUAUUUUUUAUUUAUUUACUAAUUUAUCAAUUAUUUUGUUUAUUGGGAGACGGGGUUGGAGUGGGUUGCAAUAUUUUGAUUUUAGAAUUUUCUAGAGAAAACCUUUUAAGGGCCUGUUUCUGUCAGACUCUUGCA